GGCUCAUGCUCAUGUUUCUCUUUCGUCUCUCGCGAGCUGCCAGGGUGCACCUUAGUUGCGACCAGCGCGAGGCAGCAGGGUCCAUCCACAGCCGGCAGGGUUCGCCGCAGCAAGCCCAGAAUGGAACUACAGUCCCGCAGAGUCGACCCCCCGGCUGACUGCCAUUCAUCCAAGCUAUCUCCCGUGUCUGAACGCUGGACGCAGGGCGGGCCGAAAUGGGAAGCCUGCCCCCUGGUCGCGAAUUCACGACCAUCCGAGACGUCCAUUCAGGCCGACGUGCUCCGUGCGAGCAGCACCGCCCUGCACCCGCGGCGACUUUUUGAUUUCCAACCUUGGAAGGUAGGAUGCGCUGCCGUGAUGCAAAAGGACUGAGCUGGGCAAUCCUCGACGACGGCUUCUCUACGCUCAAAGACGCACUGCCUGCAUGGCAGUCUGGCACGCGUCUCGUUAUUCUCUCCACACAUCCAAGGGCAAGGCAUCAGUGUCGAAACGGCGCAAGUGUAGGCCAAGAUCACGAAGGUCGCGGGAGCACAGGCACAUGCAACGAGUGGUCCAUGAUUAUGGCGCCAACGUCAUUGCGCGCGGUUCCACAGCGCAAAGUGGCCAUUGCGCCUGCCGCAAGGCAGCAUUCCGGAGACGAUGAGGAGCCUCCCUCCCUGUGGGGUCUUGCAGCCGCAGGGCUGUUGCGACGGCGACUCGCAUCAGUGCAACAGGCGGUAUCCGUGGUAAUUUCCACGUCCUUGGAAGAUAUGGAUCUGGCUCUUCCUUUCCGUCAUGGUGUUCCUUGGUCGCAUGCCGCGAUCGGGGCAUUGCUGGUGCAUCUGGUGGCUGUGGGCAGCGCUGCCAUGUUGAGCCGUUCGGUCAUGCUGUAGAUAUUCUCACGUAUUGUGUUCACGCACGGCAUGUUACUUUGGGCUCCUGCGCCACCAUGCAGCCCAGCCGAAAGACCGGCCCCUCCCACCCACCAACA